AUGGUCAAGCUCAACAACCUACUUCAGUACUUCUCUUUGGGCCAGUCAUCCUUCCAAUCCACUAUGUUGGCCAGCAAUUUUACUGCUGUCGCAAUUGCUGUUCAUACGCUUCCUGUUCUCCCUUAUUCUUACUCCGCCUUGGAGCCUUACAUUUCCUCCCAGGUAAUGGAGCUGCACCACUCCAAGCACCACCAAGCCUACGUCGACAACCUCAACGCGGCCCUUUCAUCCUACGUCACUGCCCUUUUGAACAAUGACAUUCCAGCCCAAAUCCGUCUUCAGAGUAUUAUCCGCUUCAAUGGAGGAGGACACAUAAACCACUCCUUGUUCUGGCGAAAUCUGGCUCCUUCAGAAACGCCCGAAACCGAUCCCGUUGCUUCAGCACCACGGCUGGUUAAUGAGAUUGAGAGAACUUGGGGAGGUCUAGACGAGUUCAAAGAAACAUUUGCACAAACUGCAUUGGGUAUCCAGGGCAGUGGGUGGUGUUGGCUGGUGGGGAAGCAGAACGGUCGUGGCGGAUUGCAGUUAGCCAUAGUGACAACAAAGGACCAGGACCCUAUUGUAGAUGAGGGGAUGAGGCCGCUGUUGGGAGUGGACAUGUGGGAACACGCUUAUUACCUGCAGUACCUCAACGGAAAAACGAAGUAUCUGGAAAACAUUUGGAAUGUCAUCAAUUGGAAGACAGCUGAAGAGCGGUUUCUUGGUGCUUCCAAAGAAGAAGCCUUCUGA